CCGUGCGGCUUUGAAAGUCUUCGACCAUGAUGCAUGAUGCAUGAUGUCUUUGUAUCCUUGACGGGCCUGAAAUUUCUUGACAAGUUGUUUAGGAGUUUUGGAUAUGUCUUUUCCUCUCAAGGAAUCUCAGCGCCGCCUCAGAUACUUCACUUUGUCCAGAAUGAAUGAAAAAGGUAAAGGUUAGCUUUGGCGGACCCGGCAACGUCAUCGCCUUUGUCUCUUUGUUCAACUGGGGCCCCUUCAGGCUGUAUAAGGCUGAAGUCAAACCAUGCUUCUCCUUCAACACUCUCCCCUCCAUAUUUGACGGAAAGCCGUUCCAGAAAUCUGCUGUCCAGCCGAAACGUUCGUCAUUCUCAUCACCUCUCGCACUCUUUGGUCUUCCUUCCGCAGCUCCACUCAUUUCGCUGCCAUGUAUCAACGUGCACUUCCUUCCCCUACCGAAGAGGAAGCUAUGUCCUUGCUACAUUCUUCACUCACCACCAGUUUGGACCAAGGUCAGGAAGUGGCCAUCCCAACUCCUGAAAGCUAUCACUCGGUCUCGAUUCUUCUUCCUCCCAAGAAACGCUCUCUUUCUAAAAUGCCCAGUCAUAUAUUCAAGCUGAAGUCUGGGUCGAGCUCCAAGCAGACCUCGUCUAAAGAGAAUCCUUUCAAACAAGGGAAUGGCAUGUUACCCGAACGUGUCAGCGUGAAGAACGACGAAUCCACAUUUGCAGCUCCUUCCGAGAGCACCGAUGAAUGGCCCUCAUCUGGUUUGCAGCUGUCCCCUGUGUCCCUGGGAUAUCUGGAACUCAGCGGUGACCAGAGGCGUCCGUCAUUGAGCCCACUCUCGGAGGGAUUUGACGACACCAGGGUGGUCCCAUUGGCUCCUCUCACUCGUGUCGAACCUCUUCCCUCUGCGUUCUCUUCGGACGCUGCCCCCGAGUUUACCAAUCCGUUCGCGACUCCUCACUUUCCUCCAAGUGGCUUUGGUAACCCUGUGUUGGCAGCUGGUUCGGCUACGCACAACAAUGAUCUGUUUCCCCCUAGUCCUACAACUCCAUUGUCUGCUAUCACGAACGUAGGGGUGGAUCUUCCGACCUUCGGCCCGACCCGGGUCAAGGUAAAGGGUAAGGCACUGAUUAUCCUUGGCGAAGAGGCGGCGAAAUAUCCCGGGAACGACAUGUAGGAAAGCGGACUCGUGAUUUCUUGCCGCACGCAUUAUCAAUUCUUAGUCGAAGUGAGCAUAUGCAAGACUGGUAGGAAAAGAGGAAAGUAAAUCUAUAGAUAUAUACUUGUUCAAUGUUGGUAGUCACUUCGUUUACCAGGAAGUUACCGUCGUUCAAUUGCAUGCAAGCAUAAAACAUAAUCAUUCGAAUGACAGGUUCACGGGGCAGAGGACAUCACCAUUCUUAGAACUUUCCAACAGUCUACGAAUAUUCUUGAUCUAGGAUUUCAAUCGCAAUUUGCCUGUCAGUUAUAGAUCUGAGAUUUGAGCUGGGGGUGUUUGGGGCAAGAGAGACUCGGAUCCUGUUGUGUUGUCCGAGACGACACCUCUUCACGAGGCAAACGCAUGGUGC